GCCAGAAGAAGACCAGAGAGAUGUGGAGGGCAGUUCCCAUGGGCGAGCACGCAGUCGGGACAGAGUCAUGGAGAACAACAGCAACACACGCUCACUGGAGCCCAGCUUCAACAGCAGGCAGAGAGCCAGACGGCCAGAAAAGGCUAUUUACGUUCCGCGUGCUAUGAGACAUAAGAUAGUUCUGGAACAUCCAAAUCUUAAGGAAUCAUCUGUGGAAUCCUGCUCUGAUGUUACUAAGGAACCUCUUGUAGCCAGUCAGAAGCCAGAGGUGGACAGCACUGGCCAGGCACUGGGCGAUGAGGAGUUUGUGCAGCUUUCAAGGUCUGGUCCGUCACCGUGGCCUCCAGCCUGGGAGCAGACUGUGUCUUUUUUCACCUCUUUGACGUUAGAUGACGAAACAGAUGAAAAAUGUGCCAACAACACGUUCCUUCCCACUGAUGCCACACUACUACAGCAGCAGGACGUUGAUGAAAGUUUGCUCUCUGAGAUCAAAGCCAAACUCAAACAUGGGGACAUCACCAUACUCAACACCUGCAGUGAUUUCCCCGCCUAUGCAAACAUCUGGCUUGACCCGCAGGAGUUCAGCCACAUCAUUGAGAUCUACAGCUUUCCUGCCAUGUUUAAAACAGAUGAUCUCCUUGAUGCCUUUGCUGAUUAUAGUGAAGGGGGGAUGAAGAUCAAGUGGGUGGAUAACACUCAUGCUCUCGGUGUAUUUUCAAGUCAGUUAGCAGCUACACAGGCACUCUCCAUUAAACAUCCCAUACUGAAGACCCGCCCGCUGCUGGAGGGGAGCCAGAAAGCAAAGUGGAAAGCGGCCAGACGUGCAGAGUUCAUUCAGCCGGUGAAGGAAAGGCCACGUACGGACACAGUGGUGGCUCGCAGGAUGGUGACCAGAGCGCUGGGCUUGAGGGGGAGACGCUUUGAAAUGAGAAACAACUUCAACUGAAUAAAUAAAGUUCCUCAUCACAGUCAGACAGUCUUUCACUUCAGUUAAUACUACACCGGGAAAAUGACAUUAAUUACUACACCACCCAGACUUAGUAUGAAGAUGCUAUAAAGCUUUAUUUUAGCUGCAGAGGAAGUGGAAAUUCUCCAGCACAUGAAAUAUAUGUGGUCUCCCAAGUUUCCAGUUUUAAUUGGUUGAGUUCUGUACUGUUUUAGGAAACAAGCUAAUAGUAUGUUAAGUGAGCGUGUGAUUAUUUCCUGGGUGAGUUUUGGUAAGCAUUCAGAGGACUUUUGUUCUUUCGUCUUUAGCAGGAAACAGCCUUGCUGCUUUUCUCCUGCUCUGUUUCUCCAUACUAACAAGCCCAGCAUCUGGUCCAGCCAUGAUAAAAGAGAUCCUUUUUAUCAACUUAAAUCUUUUUUUUUAAUACAGAUAAGCUCUUUUGCUCAUUGGAUUUCCUGAAAAUGGGUCGUCCAGGACCAUAAUAUUGAAUCUAAUGAUUAAACGAACUAGACUGUGUGUCAUAGGAAGUUCUUGUUGUUUCUCAGUUGCGUUCAUGUCUUCAUGUUCAGCUUGUUUCAUUUGAGAUGGGAAUGGAGCCUAAAUGACAUUUUUGGCAUACUAUAUAUUUGUAUUGUUUAAAAUACAGUAGUAUUAUUGGCAUGCUAAAUAUAAAUAAUUCAG